AUGUCCUUUUUUAAUAUGUUUUUAGGUGGUGGUGUCAAGACUAGUGAUGAUCCAACAGGAUUUGCAGGAGGCGAUGGUGGUGACACAUUCAAUCAAAAUGGUCAAGAACCAAUAGUACAUGCAGAAUUUUAUCCAAGAACGUUACUCCAGUUCAAUGGAAUAAAUGACCCAAGAAUAUUUCUAGGCAUAUGUGGCAAAGUAUAUGAUUGUACAUCUGGUGCUCAAUUUUAUGGGCCAGGUGGUCCUUAUGAAAAUUUUGCAGGGCAUGAUGCUUCAAGAGGAUUAGCUUUGAAUUCUUUUGAUCCUUCUGUUAUUAGAGAAUGGGAUCAACCGAUGGAUGAAUUGAAAGAUUUAGAUGAAUCACAGGUAGAAGCUCUUCAAAGUUGGGUAGAUUUUUUUGAUAAUAAAUACCCAAUUGUUGGUACAUUAGUCCCAGAACCUGGUAUUAAUACUGUUGACUGA